AGAAUCUAUAAAAAGCCCUCACAUCAAACUGGUCUGUAUCGGUGUCUUAGAGAGAGAGGAGGAGGAGCGAUGGCGGCAUCGGGCACGGCUGCAACUUUCAGACCAUCCGUUUCAGUUCCUUCUUCUUCAGAGCUGACCCAUCUGAAAUCCCCUUUCCAGCUCCCCAGAUUUACGCCUCUGCCAUCGUCUCGCUCCAGGUCUUCGUCGUUCUCCGUCUCCUGCACCAUCGCCAAGGAACCAGUUGUUGAAAUGGCGGGGAAGGAGAAGAGCAAGGCCGUGCCCGAUCUGUCUUCGGGGCAGCGACCCGAUUCGUUCGGUCGGUUUGGGAAAUUUGGUGGGAAGUACGUCCCCGAAACCCUAAUGCACGCCCUCUCCGAGCUCGAAUCGGCUUUCCAUUCGCUCGCCAAGGACGAAGAUUUCCAGAAAGAAUUGGCUGGAAUCUUGAAAGAUUACGUGGGUAGGGAGAGUCCUCUGUACUAUGCCGAGAGGCUUACCGAGCAUUACAGGCGGGAAAAUGGCGAAGGGCCGGAGAUAUACCUGAAGAGGGAGGACCUGAACCACACGGGUGCUCACAAGAUCAACAAUGCAGUGGCUCAGGCACUUCUGGCCAAGCGUUUGGGCAAGAAGAGGAUCAUAGCCGAGACUGGAGCUGGUCAACAUGGUGUGGCCACGGCCACUGUCUGUGCUCGGUUCGGUUUGCAGUGCAUCGUUUACAUGGGUGCUCAGGACAUGGAGAGACAAGCCCUUAAUGUCUUCAGGAUGAGGCUACUUGGAGCUGAGGUGAGGGGAGUUCAUUCUGGAACAGCGACGUUAAAGGACGCAACUUCAGAAGCGAUAAGGGACUGGGUGACGAACGUGGAGACGACCCAUUACAUAUUAGGAUCUGUGGCUGGGCCUCAUCCAUACCCGAUGAUGGUCAGAGACUUUCAUGCGGUGAUCGGGAAAGAAACGAGGAGACAAGCUCUGGAGAAAUGGGGCGGGACGCCGGAUGUGUUAGUUGCGUGUGUGGGAGGGGGAUCUAACGCGAUGGGGCUCUUCCAUGAAUUCGUGGAUGAUUCAGACGUCCGAAUGAUCGGAGUGGAAGCUGCCGGUUUCGGACUGAACAGCGGAAAACAUGCUGCGACAUUGACGAAGGGAGAGGUGGGUGUGCUCCAUGGAGCUAUGAGUUACUUGCUUCAGGACGACGAUGGCCAAAUCAUUGAGCCUCACUCCAUUAGUGCCGGAUUAGAUUACCCGGGAGUUGGACCGGAGCACAGUUUCCUGAAAGACGUCGGAAGGGCUGAAUACUACAGCGUGACGGACGAUGAAGCAUUGGAAGCGUUCAAGAGAGUGUCGAGGUUAGAGGGAAUAAUCCCGGCUCUCGAGACGUCGCACGCUCUGGCUCACCUCGAGAAGCUCUGUCCGACUCUCCCCGACGGCGCCAAAGUGGUCGUCAACUUCAGCGGCAGAGGUGACAAGGACGUUCAUACCGCCAUCAAGUACCUCCAAGUUUGAUCCUUUUGUUUCCUUCGGUUUGUACCUUUGUUUCUGCUCCUCAUUCCAAAAACAAAAAAAAAAAAAACAGUUCAAAGGAAGACUUGGAAAAAUUCGAGGAUUUUUCUUUGUUUAUUCAGUGAUAUAUAAUAAGGGUUUUUUUUGUCUUUUCCUUUUUCUGUGUGCCUAAAAAGCAUUUGGUUUUAUAAUCGAUUGUCUUGAACCAAGAUUCAA